AUGGCCAAACCUUCCAAGGCAACCAAGAAGUUCCAAAGCAAGCAUUUGAAGCAUACCAUUGAGCACAGGAGGGAGGUUCAAAGACACAACAAAAAGGCUCUUUCCAGAAAGAAAAAGUCGUCCAAUGAUGAAACUGAGAAGCCGUCGACGCCCCAGCCAAAGGAAGUCUUCAAUGAUAUGUCCGUAGAGGACUUCAUGGAGGGAGGGUUCGAGGUACCCAAGGAGAAGAAGUCGAGCAAGAAGGCACAACAGGAGCCAGAAAGCGAAGAUGAGUCUUCUGAGUCCGAAGAUGAAGAAGCCAUGAAACACGACUUGAAGAACUUGGCAGAAAAAGAUCCUGAAUUUUACAAAUACUUGGAGGAAAAUGACAAGGGUUUGUUAGACUUUGAGGCCGUGAACCCAAUGGAUGCUAUGAGCGACGAUGAAGGUGCCAGUGAACUGGAAGCAGAAGAGACCGAAGAAGCUAAAGAACAGAAAGACGAGUCAUCAAAUAAGAUCGAGAUUACUCUGGAAUUGGUUAAGGAAUGGUCCACCAAGUUGCAAAAGCCCACACCAAAGCUCAUCAGAAACGUCGCUAUAGCGUUUAAGGCUGCUGUUAACAUUAAUCGAGCCAAUGAAGAAGACUAUAAAUACUUGGUUACCGAUCCAGAAGCCUUCAAUGCCUUGAUGGUUCUUACUUUGCAAGACUUACCAACCGCCAUUCAAAAGCUCAUCAAGUACAAGGUUAAUGCAUCCACAGGCGCCAGAACCAUUCCACAAAAGAAUCAGCAUGUUAGUCAAAUUUCUUCCAUUCUUAAGUCGCAUGCUGGAUCCUACAUUACGCUUCUUCACGAUAUAACAAACACAGAAACCGCUGCCUUGGUUUUGUCGUCACUCCAGGAACUUUUCCCUUACUACCUUUCUCAUCGUCGUUUGCUCAAACAGCUUUUGGCAGGUGUAGUAAAUGUUUGGGCUACUACUCCUGACGUUGAAACUCAAAUUGCAACAUUUGCAUUUCUCAACAAUGUUUCUCGUGAGUUUUCCAGCUCGCUUCUUGAAACGGUGUUGAAACUCACCUACUCGUCUUUCCUUCAGAAUUGCAGAAAGACAAACGUUUACAACAUGCCUAUGAUCAACGUCUGCAAGAACUCGGCAGCAGAGUUAUUUGGCAUUGAUGAGAAAAUAUCUUACCAGAUUGGCUACGAGUACAUUCGACAAUUGGCUAUUCACUUGAGAAACAGUAUGAAUGCCACUUCCAAUGCUAAGGACGGCUACAAGACCGUUUACAACUGGCAGUAUUGUCACUCUUUGGAUUUCUGGUCGAGAGUAUUAACGCAAUUUUGCAACCCAGAAGUCGAGUUGAAACACAAGAACAAAGAGUCUCCAUUAAGACUGUUAAUAUAUCCUUUGGUCCAAGUGACGUUGGGAACCAUCAGGUUGAUUCCUACAGCCCAGUUCUUCCCCUUGAGAUUCUAUUUGCUCAGGUCUUUAAUCAGACUCUCUCAAUCCACCGGAGUCUACAUUCCAAUUUACCCAUUACUCUCCGAAGUUUUGACUUCCACUGCGUUCACCAAGUCCCCCAAGAGAACCAAUCUUGCUGCUUUUGAUUUCGAAAAUAACAUCAAGGUCAACCAGGCUUACCUUGGAACUCGCACCUACCAGGACGGUUUGAGUGAGCAAUUUGUGGAAUUGGCGAGCGAGUUUUUUGUGCUUCACUGUAAGAGCAUUGCAUUCCCUGAGUUAGCCACACCAGCAAUUUUGUCAUUGAGAAGAUUUAUCAAGAAAUCGAAAAAUAUCAGAUUCAACAAACAGUUGCAGCAGCUUGUUGAAAAAUUGAAUUCCAACGCAACUUAUAUCAUCGCCAAAAGAGCAAACGUCGAGUAUGGUCCAAGUAACAGAGCUGAAGUGAAUACCUUUUUGAGCGAAACAGACUGGCAAAAGACCCCAUUGGGUCAAUAUGUUGUUGUGCAAAGAAAGUCUAAGGAAACCAAGUUGCAACUUUUGAAGCAGGCUAUGGAAGAUGAAGCCGAAAGUAAAAUUCAAAAGGAAAGAGACGAAGAUAGCGACGAAGCAAUGGAUGCCUUGGCUGAAGAGUCUGAUGGUUCAGAGGCAGACAUGAGUGAUUAG